AUGGCCGACACAGCUGCCGUCGAGCAGCUCGCCAGCAAAGUCCAGGGGCUUUCUCUGGACUCUGUCAAGCAGACAUAUCCCGGCACUUUCCCCAAAAUCAACCCUCUUGACCUGUGGAGGGCCCACAUCAGCAAUGUUCUUCACGGCAUCUCUGGUGUCUCAACAGACAUAAUCUAUCGCGCCAUCCAAUGGACCCAGGGAUUGGACAAGGGAGACUUCACUCUCGCGGUCCCUGCCCUCAGAGUCAAGGGCCAGAAGCCUGACGUAUUGGCAGCUGAGUGGGGUGCUAAGUGGCCAGAAGAUGACCCCCUGGUAUCAAAGCCUGUCACCAACGCCCAUUUUAUGUCUUUCUUCAUUAAGGCUGAGCCACUCCGAAACACCAUCAUUCCCAUCAUCCAGCAGCAAGGCUCUGAAUAUGGCCGUGCCCGGUUUAAUGGUUUGAAGGACCCCAACGACCCAAGCAAGGGUCAGAAGCGAAUUAUUGUUGAAUUCUCAUCUCCUAAUGUGGCCAAGCCUUUCCAUGCUGGCCACCUUCGAUCCACGAUCAUUGGUGGUUUCCUUGCCAACCUCCACGAAAGUGCAGGAUGGGAUGUCAUUCGAAUCAACUACCUCGGUGAUUGGGGCAAGCAGUAUGGUCUGCUGGCUCUUGCUUUUAAGAUGUAUGGAGAUGAGGAAGAGCUCAAGAAGGAUCCUAUCAAUCAUCUCUUCAAGCUCUAUGUCCGAAUCAACUCUGAAAUGGAAGAGGAGAAGAAGGGAUUCGAGGCCAAGAAGGCCGAGGGUAUCGAUGUCACUGAGCUGGAGGCAAAUAGCCUGGAUGAGCAGGCUCGUGGGUAUUUCAAAAUGAUGACUGAGGGAGAUGAAUCAGCCCUUGCUCAGUGGCGCCGAUUCCGUGACUUGAGUAUCGUCCGAUACAAGGAGACGUACGGGCGCCUCAACAUUCAUUUCGACGAGUAUAGUGGCGAAAGUCAGGUCUCCGAGGAAGCUAUGGAAAAGACUGCGAAGAUCAUGGAGGAGCGCAAAAUCUCUCACGAAGACCAAGGUGCCGUGUUGAUCGACUUCACAACUCUUGUCCCUGGCAAGGAGGGCAAGCGAUUGGGAAAGACAGUUUUGCGAAAGAAGGAUGGCACUGCUCUUUACCUGACCCGAGAUGUCAGCGAGCUGCUUCACCGUCGCGACAAAUAUAACUUUGACAAAAUGUUCUACGUCGUUGCUAGUCAGCAAGAGCUUCACCUGCGCCAACUCUUCAAGAUCACGGAGCUGAUGGGUAACGAGGCCACUGCCAAAUUGUGCCAGCACAUCAGCUUUGGCCUGGUCUUGGGUAUGAGCACCCGAAGGGGCACAGUCAAGUUUUUGAACGAUAUCCUCAGGGACGUCGGCGAGCACAUGCACGAGGUGAUGAAGAAGAAUGAGGAGAAGUAUGCUCAGGUGGCAGACCCCGAAGCUACCGCCGACAUUCUUGGCAUCAGCAGUGUUAUGGUUCAAGAUUUGACAGGCAAGAUCAUCAACAACUACACUUUCAACAUGGAUGCCAUGACAUCCUUUGAAGGUGAUACCGGCCCAUACCUUCAAUACGCUCACGCUCGCCUUUGCUCGAUCUAUCGACGAGCCAAUAUCUCGGACGAGGACUUGGCCAAGGCUGACCUGUCUCUCCUAACGGAGGAUCACGCCACCAACAUUAUCCGUCUCCUUGCUCAGUGGCCAGACGUCUUCCAGAACACCCUGAAGACACUUGAGCCAACCACCGUUCUCACAUACCUCUUCCGUAUGACUCACGUCGUAAGCAGUAGCUACGAUCACCUCAAGGUCGUCGGCAGCGAGCCAGAGCUCAUGAAGGCUCGUAUGGCCCUGUACAACUCUGCCCGCAUCGUGCUUAGCAAUGGCAUGCGCCUGCUUGGUCUCACGCCUCUGGAGAGGAUGUAA